AUGAAGCGGGCAGACGAAGAGAGCUACGCCUUCGAGGAGUGGUCGAAGGCUCAGAUGGAGAUAAACGCCAUGGCCAAGGCGGAUGAGUUCUCUGCAGCAAUGAACAGGCAUCUCACGUUCCUACUCCACAUGAACCGCGAGCGCAUGGAGGAGAAGAAGGUCUUUGCCUCCAAAGUAGCUGCCGCUCGGGAGCGUGCGAUAGAAGCAGCGAAGGCUGCCGCCGGGGCCAUGAAGCGGGUCGGCGGCGAUGCGAUUCUUCAAGCUCGGGAUGCUGGAGAGGCCGCCGGUGCGGCGGCUGCCAAGCUCGGCAUGGGCCCGUUGAUUCAAGCGACCUUUGCAGGCACACAAGCAGCGGCGGCAGCGAGUGUAAAGCAGAAGCAACCACUUACGCGGUCCGAGCAGCUGGAUGAAGCCAACAAGGCAGCCAUGGCCGUCGCAGAUCGUUGCGAGAUGACGGAGGAGGAGAUAGAGCUCAUCGAUGAAGCUACUAUCGCCGCCAAAGAAGCGGCAAGCGUCGAUGAGCAAAGCGACAUUGCGACGUGUUUCGCAGACCUGAUGGCUACCCGUGACAGCGGCGAUGCUUUGCUGGGAGCGUCGUUUGAGACGUUUCCGCAGAUGCUGCUCAAGAAGCGACGGGUCAGCAAACCUGUGGAACCGCCCUCGCCAGAGCCGGUGAUAGCGGAUCCGGUGAUAUGUGUCGAUGACCUGGAGGAGACGCCGCCAUCCCCAGGCAAGGCAGUAAACAGCAUACCUCAGGUGCAGCUUCCCCAGAUCAAGCUGCCCAAUGCCAAGCAGGCCAGCCGUGCCAAGCAAGCAGUUCCAAAGCAUGCACCUGCGCAGCCACAAAAGCCGCAGGGAGAGCAGGCAGAGCCAAAGCAGCCUGCAAAGCCGCAGCCCAAAGAAGAGCCCAGCAACCCUGGGCCUACGAAGGAUGCCGAUGCAAAGCAUGCAGCUACGAUGGCCACCGCAGCUCCUGCCAAGAGAAAAGCGCCCAGUGAGAUGCCAGCAAUGGACACGAGGCGUUCCAGCUUGGCCGGCUUGGUGAAAUUGCUGAGUGAACCAGCGCCACAAGUGCCGCCAGCACCCACAAAGCAGCCACCAGCAUCCAACUCACGAAACUCCAGCUUAGCCCGGUUUUUUGGUGAGGCGGAGAUUUUCCCGGAUGAAGGACCGCCGGCAGUGCGGGUGGAUGAUGCCAAUGCAGCUCCGACAGCUCAAGCUGCCAUGGCUCCCAUAACCUCAGGGUGGACCCCCGCGCAUGGCAGCGCCACCCUGAAAGAGUUGCUGUCGCUGGUUGCGAAAUCACCGCAGGCGGCCGAGAAUGCGGAUUCGGAUGAUGGGCCGAAGUGGCAAGCAGCCAAACGAGCCCAAUUGUUGUGCUUGGAACUACAAGACUUCAAGUCCUUCAAGCGCAAGAAGAUCGACCUGGAAGGUCAAUCCCUCCGGUGUCUCGUGGGAUGCAACUCGAGUGGCAAGUCUGCCAUCUUGGAUGCCCUUCGCUUCCUGCUCGGGAGACGCUGCGACCGUGGUUUGCGCAGCUUCAUCCGCAGAGGGAAGCGAGAUGCUGCCACCUACGCGAGGGUGACAGCCAAGUUCCGCGUGGAACGACCAGGAAAUGGACAAGGCACCGUGACACUGAUGCGAGAAGUCCGUGAGCAUCCGGACUCGGCUGACAAAGAGGCGUACAUGACCUCGAAUUGGGUUUCUCAGGAGGCCGGAGAGCUUGUAGAGAUCUCAGAAGCGGGAUACCAGGCAUGGCUAUCACAGGCCCUCCUGGCAUCCGAUGGCGAUCUUCUAGUGCCGCAGUUUGGUCUGAUGGACAGCCGGAGUGCGACUGUUCUUCUGGCCAUGAUUCCGGCUGAGCUGGAGAAAGCGGGCGCCGCUAUCCAGGCUUCUGGACCCUUGCUGAAGCGCAAAUCCGCCAAGACGGCCAGGACGGCUCCUGGCGUGGAAGCCGGUGUCCUGCGUGCCGAAGCCUGGCUGUCACGGCGUGUGGACGAGAUCUACAGGCAGCUGACACGCGAACCCGUGGAUGACAAACUGGAGGAAUGGGGCGAAGGAGGACAGGCCCUACUCCAACGUCAGCCAGAUGGCUCCUUCGAUCUACUGACCUCCGUGCGGCGGGGUGCUGCCGCGUGCGGCUAUGGCACACCUUUGAAAAGUUUGUCAGAUGGGGCCAGGGAUAUCUGCGCCCUGAGCCUGCUCUUUGCCCUGCCGGGAUUCAUGAACGGCAUGCAAGAUGCAUUGCCGCCCUUUAUGGUGCUGGACGAGCCGGAUUCCCGGCUGGACAAGCGCCAUGCGAGCGCACUGCGGCACUUCUUACAAGGCCCUGAUGGCCCGAAGCAGUGCCUCUGGAUGAGCUUGAACAACCAUUCAGCAUUUUCCGAAGAUUCCGUCCUGGAGGAGGAUGAGGCAGAUGCUUGCGAAAGCGCCCUGCCUGAGAACUUGGAGUUGCUCCAGGGCGCGGAAGAAGCGCCCAAGUCGACACCGGAUGGGGCCACCUCAAGCAACAGGGACCUCAUCAAGGUGAGAUUUCUUUCCAAAAUGUCUGCCCGCAUCAGAGAGGCCAAGGGUACGGCAUGCCCUGAACCUUCUGCAAUGAGCCCCAUGCACAAGCACCCAAGAGCCAUGGUGGACCCAAGCGUGCAUGCCUUUUUCGACGAGCAUCUGCGGCGGUCGGCAAACCAAACUUGCUGUGAUGGUGGAGGUGUAGCACCUUGCUGGGCAUCAGUGUCCCAUGGCACCUACAUCAGCAUCGAAGCUUCCGGAAUCCACCGCAGCCUCGGCGUGGCGACAAGCUUCGUUCAGUCACUGUAUCUGGAUGCCUGGAAGCCGGUUCAUCUGAAGAUGAUGGAGCUCGGAGGCAACGAGCGAUUCCAAAAGUUCAUGGAGGCGCAGGGUGUGCCAGAGGACAUGCCCAUCAGGGAAAAGUAUAGCACUCGUGCAGCGAAAUGGUAUCGAGAG